UCCCUCGUGUCCCUUUUUGCAAAAGUGUCGGUCACAGACUGGUCAGUGAACCACUUCAUGAACUCGCCAGAGAGGUCGCUGUUGUAUCUGACACAGCUGUUCAACAGACCUUCAGAGAAUCCACCAACCAGUCUGUAAUGGCAGAGAAGCUAACACGUCUGGUUGCUACAAAUGCCCAGUCCCUUCACAUGUCAGCUCAGUCUUUAUCCACACAGGAAGUCACUGCUGUUAUCCAGUCACACACUGAAUGGAACUCUGGGGCAAGGACUCGUGCGACAGCUCUUGUGGGUCACCUACCCCAGCUCAUCCCUGACAGUUUGUCCAGCCUGCCUGUCUUCUCUGUUGAAGAUCUAAGAGAGGCACAGUCUAGGGAUAAGACCUUGUCCCGUAUUCAUUUUUAUGUGGAGAGGUCUCGGAGACCAUCCAGACGAGAAAGAGCACAGGAGACAAGUCAGGUCCUGAGGCUCCUGAAACACUGGGAAAAGUUCGUUCUGAGUGAUGACAUCUUAUACAGAGUAUCACGUGAUCAGAUUUCAAAGACAAGACGCAAUCAGUUUGUAGUUCCUGACUGCCUGAAAGCUGAUGUCUUGAAAGGAGUGCAUGACAGCGCAGGUCAUCAAGGCCAGUCUAGGACUCUAAACAUUGCUAGACAGAGAUUUUUUUGGCUGCAUAUGGACAGAGAUGUGAGAGAAUAUGUUCGUCAUUGCCAGCGUUGUAUUGUGAGCAAAGUAGCUGAGCCUGAUGGAAGAGCUCCUCUAGAAAGUAUUGUCACCACCCGACCCUUGCAACUCGUAUGCAUCGACUUCUGGUCAGCUGAGGAUUCACACAAUAAGUCUGUAGAUGUUUUAGUGAUGACAGAUCAUUUCACUAGACUGGCCCAGGCCUUUGCCUGCAGAGAUCAAUCAGCCAAGCAGGUUGCGAGAGUCCUCUGGGAGAAGUAUUUCUGUGUCUAUGGGUUUCCUGAGAGAAUACACAGUGACCAGGGCCCAAGCUUCGAGAGUGAAUUGAUCGCUGAGCUUCUGAAGUUGUCGGGUGUGCGAAAAUCCCAUACUACCCCUUACCACCCAAUGGGGAAUGGCAGCGUUGAACGUUUUAAUCGAACGCUUGGCAACAUGAUCAGAGCUCUUCCUCCUGAAGCAAAGCUUGAUUGGCCUAGGCGCUUACAAACACUCACUUUCAUGUAUAAUUGUACCUCUCAUGAAACAACAGGAUAUGCACCGUUUUUCUUGAUGUUUGGGAGGGUGCCGCGUCUUCCAGUAGACAUCCUGUUUGGUAAUGUUUUGACUGACCCUGAUGUCACCAGUUUUGACAGAUAUGUCUAA